AUGUAUAAUACUUUUUAUGGUGCCGAUGUUCCAUCUGACACAGUAUAUGGUGGGUUACCGUCAAAUUUUGCGGCUGGUUGUGAAAUUGAAGAGGCACUUUGUAUGUAUUUGGUAGUGCUGUCCGAAAAAAGUACAGCUGUCAUCAAAGCAAAACUUAAAGUGUGGAAAGCGGCUAUGACUCUCACCUCCCUUAUUUUAAAACCAGCUUUGGAAUGGUUAGAUACUGAACGGCUUGACUCUCAUAAACAUUCAAGUUGGGAGAGAAAUUGA